AUGGAUUACUCGAAGCCGGAACUCGCAAAGCACCGUCAGGCAUGGAAUGAAGCUAUCCGACGGAACAACGAGGUGAAGCAGCGACUGUUCACUGUUCGAAACUUGGAAGUAACGAAGAUCCCGUACAAGGAAGGACAAGCGCCAUGGCCAUGGGUGCUUCGGCCAGGCAAGUAAAACCUCUUUCUCUUGGAUACAUGAAUUGUUUCUCCGUGAAAAACAAAUUAUCUCAACUUGAACUUGUAACCACUACCAAUAGCUUCGAUAUUGUAUGUCUCACUGAACGUUUUCAAUCCAAACGUACAGCUUCACCUCCGAAUUUUGACAUAGAAUUUCCUGAAUCUUUGUCAAAAUGAACGUUCUAUUUUUUCAGAAGUGUCUUCCACCGAUCACUUCUGCGUAUGGCAUUUACCAAGCUUCAAUGGAACCAAGCUUCAAUCCAAUUUGUUAGCUUCACCGACUCGAUUUUUCUUCCUAUUUCCCAACUGUAUUGAAUUCACUUAAAACUGUAUAUAUUGUAUUAAAUGUAGAAUAAAGCCCCCAACCCUUUCAAGUACUGUAGCCUCUUUGCUGGCGAAGCGGAUCCACUGUUGACUAGGAAUCCCUUCAAAGGGACGAGUCGACUGGCGAAUACAGUACACCAACUUAUAAUUAGUUUUUUUUUCUGUAUUAACUCUCCUCGGCUUCCAUUCGGAAACCCCCCUUUCCCCCUAUUUUCUUUAAACUCUUAGUUUUCCCUGGAACUGCAUCCGUAGGUCCCGCCCCCCUCUUCCCCCUAUUUUCUUUAAUUUUUUUCUUCUAUCCCAUUGACAAUUAAACUAAUGUAUCAACGAUGGCUUCUAUCCUCGGCUGGAUAUUAUACCAAAGAUCUGCUCUUUGCUAUGCAAUUCUUAGCCACCCACCCCCUUAUUCAAUUCAAAAACAAAGCCGGCCAAACGGGCACAACUUUGCCAAUGGUAGUUGUUGAAUCGCGCAACUUUCAAUUGUAAAAAGAACAUUUUAGGACCACUACGCUGACCACGAUUGGCUACGACUAAUUGGGGACAAGACGAACGUUGGCGGUCUCAUCUUGCAGAAAUGUUCGUCCUGUCUAGAGCCAUUGGUUGUGCAGGAACUGUUUGAGCAUGUGGAGCACAGAUUGCGCAUGGGAUACGUGGAUAACUGCGCUGACAUCAUUCUCGAAGUGACGAUGCCCAGAGUUCUUGAAGAUUGGGCUCGUCUGGAUUAUAAAGGAGGGGAGAGAAAAACAAACGAGGUGAUCUAGCGCGGGAGUGUGGUUUCAUACGUUGGUUUACUUUUCAGAUGUACCUCAAUAUCUGCAAGCAGAUCUCUAAGAAGUACAAGUCCUCAGAUUUUCCUGAUUGCUCCAUCAAGCUUCUCGAAUCGUUCUACAAAUCGAUCGAGGCAAGUGCGAAAGAUCAUUUCUCGCCCAAAAUCUUCCACUUCCUUGCUGCAUGGACUCUGACAAGCACGUCCACCGCACACGUCGUCGAGUCCCUCAACGUUUUAACCGGCUUAAACUUCGAAGUUCUCCUCGGUUAGCAUCCCUUCUUGUAUUUCCUCCCAAUUUUGCGAAAUUUAGUUGACAGAGACUCAUUUCGCCCAGCGCUCUCCUCAUUAGUCAUCGGUUGCCUCCAAAAAGAUGACUCCAAACUGACCGACCCCAUUUUCCGUCUUCUGUCCAAAAUUGUAACGGCACUCCAACCCGGUUGUGAGUUUUCCCUGGUGCAUUUGGAUGUUGAGCUCGGAAAAACGAUCACUGUACAUCCGAAAGGUGCUGAGGUAUUUGGAGAUACUGUCAUAAAACUUAUCCACAAGUACGCUCCAUCAACCAAAGAUACACACUUUACUGUAGCUGGUGUAUCGUUUGCUUCCGAUGAAUUGAAGAGAAAUAACGAUGAAAAAGUUGCAGUGUAUAAUGAAGAACAAUGGUAAUAUAUUUUUGUCAGUGUUUUUCAACAUUUAUCUUUUUCAGUCACUGA